AUGGCGUCCUCUAAAAGCGCCCGUGUUGGUCUGUCCGUCGGGCUUUCGAAAGCCGCAGCCCUCAUCGACCCCCACAGCGCCCCUAGGGUAGCAGGUCGCGGCGCCAUGCUCAUGACCGGCCUAAGUCUCCAGUACGCGAGCUUCGCAAGCAUCAUGGCAGCGUUCUUCCUCGGGGGCAUCGGUGUCGGAUGGACCUAUCUAGUCGUGGUGAUUACGGUCAGCCAGGCCCUUCCGCAUUCUUUAGUUCAUCUGCACCAACAAGCAGAACGUUCACAGUUGACCAAUAAGAGUGGAAAAGAAUGGAAUAAUCAGGAUUCGAAGAGUGGAUCCCUCACCAGUCAACUUCCUAAUCGGGUGAACCGGAACGACAGCCACGGCUCACUAGUAACUUAUUUGGUCCCGAUGCUGAGAAUCAUACUAUAA